AUGAACAGGAAAUAUUCACAUUUGGAUGCAUUACUAUCGAAAUUACUGAAUCAAGACAGUUUUAAAGAGAAUGUCAUUGUGGAUACUACAGUACCGAAAACAAAUAAUGUGAAUGAAAAUUAUUAUCAUUUAAAUUUAUCUAAUGGCAUUCUCAAUUGUAAAACGUUAAGACAUGUUUUCGUUUCAACUAUCACACGUUCAACUAGUUUACUUAAGAGAACAAAGCCUAGUACGAAAGUUAUACAGCAUUCUCAACUUUCUGUAGGAAAUUUCCAAUAA